AUGUGUUGCAACUACUAUAGAAACUCAUGUGGUAGCUGUGGCUAUGGCUGUGGCUAUGGCUGUGGCUGUGGUUCUGGAUAUGGCUGUGGCUAUGGCUGUGGAUACUGCUCGGGCAGUGGCUGUGGAUAUGGCUGUGGAUACAAGUCUGGCUAUGGCUCUGCCUGCUGUGGAUGCAGACCAUUUUCCUACAGAAGAUGUUAUUCAUCUUGCUGCUAGAACAUAACUGAAAUACAUCUUUUUCUCUAAGAUGAUUAUU